AUGGACCCCAAGCACCGCAACGCUGCCGCGCUGCGUAGUAAGGAGGACCUCUCAUGGCAGCGCAUCAACGACCUUCUAAACGAGUUCCUUAACCAAUACCGCGCAAUCCUGGCUGUCGCCCGAGAAGACAACAACCCGGACUUCAGCCAAUCUGCGCAAAAGGAACUCUCCAUCAAAGAAGGUGCUAUGGCAAUUGUACGCUUUCCCGACCGCGUCCAUCACCUGCAUGCGCGCUAG